ACCAAAUCAAACCCUGGCGAUGGUGGUGCUGGGCAAGCGCAAGGGAGACACAGUCCCCUCCACUGACGCCAAGAGAGUGAAGGAUGGGGCUACUCUGUGGUCUCCGUCAGCGGAUCUCGUGGCUUUUUCUAACUGGACUAAGUUCUCGAAUCUUGUAAACGAACGCUUUAAGUUGUCACUCAAGACACCACAGGAACUGUGGCAGUGGUCAGUCGACAACCUCGAGGACUUUUGGGGAGCGUGUUGGGACUUUACGGGGAUGGUGGCGUCGCAGCCGUACACGAAGGUGAUCGAGGACAAGGAGAAGAUGCCAGGUGCCAAGUUCUUCCCCGGUGCACGACUGAAUUUUGCGGAAAACUUGCUACGCUUCCGUGAUGAUCGCCCUGCUAUAAUUUUCAAGGCGGAGACCAGCAACCAAGAGACAGUGAUCUCGUACAAGGCGCUGUACGAGCGUGUGGCAAAGCUAUCCGCUCGACUGGCAGAGAUGGGCAUUGUUGCUGGUGACCGUGUCGCAGCAUUCAUUCCGAACAUCCCAGAAGCGAUCAUUGCUAUGCUCGCCACCACCAGUUUGGGAGCGAUUUGGUCCAGUUGCUCGCCUGAUUUUGGUGCUCAAGGAGUUUUGGAUCGCUUUGCUCAGAUCACCCCUAAGGUUGUGUUCACCACGGAUGGAUACUUUUACAAGGGGAAUCGCAUCGAUAUCUUUCCGCAGUUGAAGACAAUAAUCGACGAAUUGCCGACCAUUCGCAGCGCAGUCUACUAUGAUCGCUUUAUCCACGAAGCUGUGGAGCCUGUGAAGGACUCGAUUCCCUUCGCUCAGCUGCCCUUCGACCACCCGGUCUACGUGAUGUACAGUAGUGGAACUACUGGACUACCAAAGUGUCUCGUUCAAGGUCCAGGUGUGGUGCUGAACCACCUCAAGGAACUUGCGAUUCAUUUGAACAUACGUCGAGAAGAUCGCGUGUUCUACUACACGACAACAGGGUGGAUGAUGUGGACGUGGUUAGUGAGUUCUCUUGGCAUUGGAGCAACGAUCGUGCUCUUCGACGGCAAUCCGUUGUACCCAUCCACAGACGCAUUGUGGAAAUACGCACAGGACGUUGGUGUGACCGUGUUUGGCACAAGUGCGCGAUACCUGGCCGCGGUUAUGGACUCGGGCUGCGUUCCCGGCAAAAAGUUUGACUUGUCCAAGCUGAAGCUGAUCACGUCGACAGGAUCUCCAGCGAGCACCAACAUCUUCAAGUUUGUAUACGAGGGGAUCAAGAGCGAUGUCCAGUUCGCUUCCAUCAGCGGGGGAACUGAUCUAAAUGGCUGCUUUGCUCUGGGUUGCACCAAUCUGCCAGUCUGCGAUAGUGAGCUCCAGACGCGUGGUUUGGGUCUAGACGUACGCAUUUUCACUGACGACGGCCAAGAAAUCACCCAAGAGCAAGGCGAGCUUGUCUGCAAGCAGCCAUUCCCAUCCAUGCCACUAUACUUCUGGAACGACGACAGUGGUGCCAAGUAUCAUGACGCCUAUUUUGAUACGUUCCCAGACAUCUGGAAGCACGGUGACUUUGCUGAAGUCACGAAGAGUGGUGGAGUUAUCAUCUACGGUCGCUCCGACGCUACUUUAAAGCCAGGCGGCGUCCGCAUCGGAACUGCGGAUAUCUACAAGGUGCUGGAGAAAAUGGAAGAAGUGGCCGACUCGGUGGUCGUCGGACAGAGCUAUACGCUGAAUGACGGGACCCCAGACGUCCGUAUUCUGCUGUUUGUAGUGAUGGCUGAGGGCCACGAGUGUACCUCCGCCUUCCAAAAGAAAGUCCGUCAGCGUAUUCGAGACCAAACUUCUCCGCGACACAUGCCAGGGAUGGUUGUUGCCUGUCCUGCGAUUCCUCAUACUGUGAGUGGGAAGAAGGUGGAGUUGACUGUCAAGAAGAUCAUUGACGGCCACGCGGUGACCAACAAGAACGCGUUGCAGAACCCGGAAAGUUUGGACUGGUUUGAGGAGUUUGCCAUGUCUUUGCGAGAGAAAAUUUGCAACAGAGCGUGA